GUGUGUGUGUGUGUGCGCGCGCACGAGUGUGUAUUUGGUUUCUCUCUCCCCUGUAAGAACACAGUCCGCCCGCCUUCUCCUGCUGUUGCUGCCGCUCUGACUUGCUCUUUGCUGCUGCUUUCCUCUCUUUCUCUUCCUGCUUAAGCUCCCUGCCUUCUGUAUGGAGAUUAAUCACGCUGAACAGCUCUCAGCAGAACAGUCCACACCUCCAGAGGACAGUUCUUCAUCACCUAGGCAGAAUGGCCUUGAGAAGCAAGAUGGUCAGAAUUCCCCAACCCUACUCCAAGCACCACAGCAAGAGGCAAGUGUGCACCCUGAAAAGGGGACUCACGACAUCUCUGAAGAGUUAAACCGUCAACUGGAAGACAUCAUCAACACAUACGGGUCUGCUGCCAGUACAGUGGGCAAAGAGGGAGCUCCCAAGGCCAAGGAGCAGCCUGCAAAUGCAGAAGCAGCCGACCAUGAGGAUGGAGACUGUGAGGAGAACGCUGGAGAGGCUGACAGAGAACCUGCUGCUUCUGGAGACCCAGCCACAGUUAAAGAGCCAAUCAGCAAUAAAGAGCAAAAAUUGGAAAAGAAAAUCCUAAAAGGAUUAGGCAAAGAAGCCAACCUGCUAAUGCAACAUCUGAACAAGUUGCAAACACCUGAAGAAAAGCUUGAGUUUUUAUUUAAGAAGUAUGCUGAAUUGCUGGAUGAACAUCGCACUGAGCAAAAGAAGUUGAAGCUCCUACAAAAGAAACAGGCACAGAUCCAGAAAGAAAAGGACCAGCUACAGAGUGAACACAGCAAAGCUAUCCUUGCUCGAAGCAAACUAGAGAGUCUGUGCCGGGAGCUGCAGAGACACAACAAGACACUGAAGGAGGAAACCCUUCAGCGAGCACGUGAGGAAGAAGAGAAAAGGAAAGAGAUCACAAGUCAUUUCCAGAGUACCCUGACAGACAUCCAGGCUCAGAUCGAGCAGCAGAGUGAGCGAAACAUGAAGCUCUGUCAGGAGAACACAGAGCUGGCAGAGAAACUGAAAAGCAUCAUCGAUCAGUACGAGCUCCGGGAGGAGCAUCUGGACAAGAUAUUUAAACACAGAGAACUGCAGCAGAAGCUGGUGGAUGCAAAACUUGAACAGGCACAAGAAAUGAUGAAGGAUGCGGAGGAGCGACACAAGCGGGAAAAGGAAUAUUUGCUGAACCAGGCAGCAGAGUGGAAACUUCAGGCCAAAGUGCUGAAGGAACAAGAGACAGUGCUGCAGGCUCAGCUUACUCUCUACUCAGGAAGGUUUGAAGAGUUCCAGAGCACACUGACAAAAAGCAAUGAGGUGUUUGCCUCUUUCAAACAGGAAAUGGAUAAAAUGACUAAGAAAAUGAAGAAGCUGGAAAAGGACACCGCCACAUGGAAAUCCCGGUUUGAAAAUUGUAACAAAGCUCUGUUGGAUAUGAUUGAAGAGAAAGCACUGAGAGCUAAAGAAUAUGAAUGCUUCGUGAUGAAAAUUGGGAGGCUAGAGAACCUCUGUCGAGCUUUACAAGAAGAGAGAAAUGAACUCUACAAAAAAAUCAGAGAGGCAAAAACACCUGAGAAAGAUGACCAAAGUCAGCAUACCUCGGAUGAAGAGCCGAGUGUCUCCGCGGAGAAGGAGAUGGAUGCAGAGGAGGCCAACAGAGUUCAAAACGCCGUGGAAAGGCUGGCCACGGCCUUCAGGGUAAUUCAUGGUCCAGAGUCCACCCCUGCCCAGUCCACAGAAAUCCCGCCAGAACCCGGCAGGCCUCAGGAGGGCGGAGCCUCCGGCCCCAAGGAGCCGGAACAACCUCCCCUGACCCCUUCAGGGGAUUCAGAAAGGCCUUCGCCUUCCCCAAGCCCUCAAGCCGCAGCUGAAGGUCAGGCAGAGGCCAAGACCACCCCUGCAGGGCCGGCAUCAGAACCCAGAGCCUCAGGGCUCACGGCGGAGCAGCAGCCCCGGAAGCUGGAGGCAGAAGCUUCCGGUCAGGCCCCUCAGGCCCCAGCGGAAGCUCCUUUAGCCCGGGUGGAGACCGAUGGUUCCGGUUCGCUGCCCCCAACACCGGAGCAGGUUCCAGCACCGGUGAUGGGAGGUGAGCCCACGAGACAGCUCGCACCCGCAGCCACAGAGGAGCUGACCCCAGGGGCUGGAGCUGGGUCCCAGCUGUCCGAAGUGGCCGACGCCAACCUGGAAGGAGUAGACUAAGUCCCAUCAGCCUUCAGGGGCUGGGCUGUCUGAUGUCUCAGCUCCGUCCUAACAGCCGGGCUUGUGAGACAGACAUCGAGGGCUAGGAUGUCAAAUGGAAGAGUUAUGAUCAAGAUGUUUUUUCAGUGUUAGGCAGGGCACAUUCAGCCUUUUCUCAUUGUUCUUGAUUUAUAACUGAUUUGGAGCUUUUCUGUUUAACACUGCGUGAUAGAAUCAUUUUCUCAAAUGGCCACAAAGUAUACCGAAAGCAAAUAUGCAUUGCUGCCAUUAAGAUAGUACUUAAUUCAGUUUCUUAAUAACAGUAAGAUUUGAUGUUUAGACUUCUACUAUAUACAAAUUCUGAAAAUGUGUUCUACUUAUUGCCACAUACAGUUUAAUAAGUUCCAUUGUAUUCAAUGGAUGCUCAGGUUCCUUUUAAAGGUAUAUUCACACAAUAUAUGCAUAUGUGUUUAUGUAUACAGGGGUGCUUCAAAAAGUGCAUGCAGAAUGAAAUUAAAAGAUGUUUAUUUUGGUGCAGAAAAAAAUGGAAAUCAGUGCCAGGGGGGUCUUCAAACGUUCAUGGAAAUGUGUAUUAUGAAGAAACUAUGCAUGGAUUUCAAAAUUUUUCUGCAAAAAAUAUGAGUAAACUUAUCUUUUGAAAACAUGUUCAUUUGAGAAAGAGUUCCCAUCCAUUGAUUCACCUCCCAAAUACCCGAAAAGAGGCAGGAAUUAGGAAUUCAAUCCGGGCCUCCUAUGUGGGUGGCAAGAACCAGGUGCUUGAGUCAUCAUUGCUGCCUGCCUUAGUAGGAAGCUGGAGUCAGGAACAAGUGCAAGCUAUCAAACCCAGACACUUAGUGAGGGACAUGGUGCCUUGGCCAGUUCCUCAGCCGCUAAGAUAAACACCCAUCCCUAAAUCUACCUUUUAAUUCCAUUUCCGUGAACUUGUUGAAGUAUUCACAAAUGUAUGUAUAUGUGUACCUAUUUAUGUGGGUAUAUAUACAUAUAUGUGUAUACAUAUAUACAUGUGUAUUUUAUGUAAAUGUAUAUUACACAUACGUUCCUCUCAUACCUUUAUGAAUAUUUUUCUAUGCAAAAUAUGAGAUGCUAAUCAAAAAAAUUGUCUCAUACUUGCACCCAGGACUAUGGUAGACUAAUGCUUUAUGAAUCAGAAGUAGGUUCCAAACACAAGUAUUUAGACCAUUGCAAUGUGCAAAAUUAAGUAGUCCAAUGUUAGAUCAAUAAAUUCAGCCAAAUGACAGAACAGCACUUGGAUUAGACUGCAAGUCUGGGCAGCAAGUGUGGACACAAAUAUGACCACAA